AUGGAUGCUGCCCUUCGUUGGUUGGAUGAUGACACCGCUGUUCGAUCAUGGCUGAAUUGCUGUGAACGCAAUCUACCUGAAUUGCUGAAAUCUGGUGGUGGUUUCGCAAAAAUCCGUGGUUUCUUGCCGGAGAAUGUUGCAGAGGCCGUUUGCACGUCCUUGCGCGGCCUGCGUAGCUGGGAACGAGCUGGCGAGGGUGGCUGUGACGAUCUCGAGUACAAAGAUCGUGUGCAGCACCGUUUCUGGAUAGCAGAUGUGGAAGAAGACGAGAUUCUUCUCGGUGCUGCACGCGUUUUGGCAAGGCUUCUUCCAGACACUUUGCCAAACUUCUCUGCUGCACGUUACGACGGCGAGGAUCACAUUGCUGCACAUGAUGAUCUUGUCCCUGAAGCUUACACUACUGAGGAGGUCAGCCAGGUGCGACAGGCCUUCGGAGACCGCAGUUUGCAAAGCGCAGUUGAAGCGUGGAAGAACUGGAAAGAUUCCGAUAGGCAACAUGCCUCACAGUUGGAGGCAGCCUUGCAAAGUGAAGACCUGGCGGCAGUUCGUCAAGCAGUGGCAGCAGGAGCGAAGGCUUCAGAAUCGGUGCCAUAUCGGCGAUGGGUGGCAGCUGCUUACUACUUGAACAAGGACUGGGAGCCAUCCUUCGGCGGCCGGUUUACAGAUCUCUCGAACCCGAGCAUGCCUUCUCACCACGUGCCAGAAUUCAAUACGCUUGUGGUCUUCGAAGUUCCGCGACUCCAUAGUGUGGAAGCCGUACAUGGCGCCCGUGCUCGAUACUCAUUGUUCGGCUGGUGGCUCCUUGAAGACGCAUCGAGGAGGAGGAGGACCAAGCGGAAACUGGUCUCUAGUUCCAGCCGUCCAAGAAAGACGAAGACAGCUUCUCUGAGACCGGCUGCCUCCUGA